AUGCGUUUAGUAAUCACCGAUGACUAUAAUUCUAUGGCCGAGUGGAGUGCUCGGUACAUAAAAAAACGAAUUAAUGAUUUUAAACCUGGUCCGGACCGUCUUUUCGUGCUCGGUUUACCAACUGGUAGUACACCGUUGGGCACUUAUAAAAAACUGAUUGAGUUCGUGAAAAACAAGCAAGUAUCGUUCAAAUAUGUGGUGACUUUCAAUAUGGAUGAAUAUGUUGGAUUACCACGAGAUCAUCCGGAAAGUUAUCAUUCGUUUAUGUGGAAUAAUUUCUUCAAACAUAUUGAUAUCGAUCCAAAAAACGUGCAUAUUCUCGACGGGAAUGCUACUGAUCUUAUUCAUGAAUGCAAUGAAUAUGAAAAAGCUAUUCAAGCAGUUGGUGGAAUCGAGCUGUUCGUCGGUGGAAUCGGUCCCGAUGGUCAUAUCGCUUUCAAUGAACCAGGAUCAAGUUUAGUAUCGCGCACUCGUGUGAAAACUCUCGCUCAAGAUACAAUCGUCGCCAAUGCGCGUUUCUUCGAUAACGAUAUAACGAAAGUUCCAAAAUCUGCGUUGACUGUCGGUGUUGGUACUGUAAUGGAUGCACGUGAAGUAUUGAUAUUAAUAUCAGGUGUGGCCAAAGCCUAUGCAUUGCACAUGGCAAUCGAAGAAGGCGUCAAUCAUAUGUGGACAGUGUCAGCGUUUCAAAAUCAUCCGAGAUUUUUAUGCGUAUGUGAUGAAGAUGCUACGAUGGAAUUGAAGGUGAAAACGGUUCGAUAUUUUAAAAGUUUGAUGUCUGUACAUUCGCAAUUGAUUGCAGAAAGUGGUGAUCCGUCACUGCUGCAUACUGAAAACUAA